GCGUAGUACCAAAGAGUCUGGACAAAACCGCAAUGGGUUUAUAGACACUUUUAUUGUAAAUAUAUAUACUGUUCUUUGCUUAUAUAAAUUUAUAGAAAAAUAAAAAACAAAUGUGCUUACGAAUGUACGUUAUCAUGUUAUCGACAAUUUAUUCGUGCUGUUAAAUAUUUCUCAGUGACAAAAGAUAGUGUAACGUGUUGAUUAACUUCGCGGCUAUAAGUCGGUUCGACAGUUUUUUGUUUGCAGUAGCAGUGCCUUGUCAGUUGCAGCCAUGCCCGAAGUGCGAGUGGACGAGGUGCGCAGGUUCAUGGUGGAUAGUUUGCUGGCGGCUGGAGCACCGGAGUCCGAGGCGAAGGCCCACGCUGACCUUCUGCUGUAUGCCGACACCGUUGGACACUUCAGCCAUGGACUGAAUAGACUUGAGUUAUACGUGAACGACAUAAAAGGAGGAAUUACACAUCCCGAACGCAAGCCGGUAGUCCUCAAGGAGUCACCGGCUACAGCCUGGGUGGACGGUAUGGAUACACUAGGAGCGACUGCUGCUAACUUCUGCAUGGAUCUGGCUAUCAAAAAAGCUAAGGAGUGUGGUGUUGGCUGGGUGGCCGCUAAACGAACAAACCACUUCGGCAUGGCAGGAUACUGGGCCAUGAAAGCGGAGAAGGAGGGUCUCAUUGGCUUGGCAUUUACUAAUUCAGCACCUAUUAUGAUACCAACGAGAUCUAAAGAGAGUGCAUGCGGUACAAAUCCAUUAGCUUUAGCAGCGCCCGCACUAAAAGGCGAUUCUCUAUUAGUUGACAUGGCGACAACCACAGCUGCUAUGGGAAAGAUAGAGAUGCAGAUACAUAAGAAUGAGCCGAUACCCGAAGGAUGGGCGCUUGGACCUGAUAACAAAGUUACCACAGAUGCACAAUUGGCAUUCGACACAGCUAAGUUGCUGCCUCUAGGAGGUUUAGAAAAAACAAGCGGGCAUAAAGGCUACUGUCUCAACACUAUGGUAGAAAUAUUCUGUAGUGGACUUUCGGGUUCAAAUCCGACCUUCAAAGUGCCAGGUUGGUCGUUCAGUCAGGACGUUGCGCCAGACCUGGGACAAUGCUUUGCAGCGAUUGACCCUGGUUGCUUCGCCCCGGGCUUUGCACAGAGAGUCGCUGAAUGUCUAAUGCAUUGGAGGAAUUUGGAACCUAUCGAUCCAUCACUACCGGUUCUCGCGCCAGGAGACAAAGAACGUAACAACAGAGAGGCGACUUUGAAGAAGGGCACAAUCACCUACCCGCAGGGACAAAUUGACUCCUACUAUCGCAUGGCGAAGAAAAUUGGCAUCAAACCUUUAACCGUUGUGUAAAACCGAAGAUGGUUUUAACAUUUCCGUAGCCAUGAGCGAAAUUUUUUGGGCGCCUUCUUUUUGUUGUUGGGGAACGUCUUUCAAAGAUGUCCCUUAUCUUAGGAGGCACCGCAGGUGCCCUUUUAUAUUCUACUGUGGCACCGACGGUGUCCCAUUAUAUCCAGCGCCCUGGGCUGUCACCCUAUCUCGCCCUACCUAUAGGUCGCUAAUUUGUAAAACUAUCUUAUAUUAGGUGAAAAUGAUUGAUGGAUUGUUUUUGAGAAUUAAAAUAUAGCUAGAGUUAGUGCGAUUGUAACCGAGCGGUUUAUACAUUGUGAAAAAGUUAAUAUAAGCUAUAGCAACG